UCUACCGCGCAUGCGUUGUGCUGAGACUCUGUGGACCGGCUCCUCCUCGGUCUCCUCCUGUGUUGGUCGCCAUGUCUCGAGGAGAAACGCUGAGACUGUUGGUGAAGCAGCGAGUCCACGCGGCUUCUGGAGACACGUUGGGGCUGAUUGACAGGUUGAUAGCAGACUAUGAGGAGGACGUGUCUGCUCUAAGAGAACAGGAGCGACCCACACCAGUAGAAAUGCUGAGACUGUUGGUGAAGCAGAGACUCCACGCGGCUUCUGAACAGACUUUGGGGCUGAUUGACAGAUUCGCAGCAGAUUAUGAGGAGGAAGUUUCUCGUUUAAGAGAAACGGAGCGACGACACAAACUACUGGAGGCUGUUUUCAACCCUCGAGUUCAGCUGCACAGAUCAGAUGUCCAGCAGCUGUUUGUGAUCAAAGCCGAUGUCCCCCCUGAGUGCCUGGACCUAAACCAGGAGGAACUGGAGCCCCUCCACAUAAAAGAGGACCCGGAGCCCCUCCACAUAAAAGAGGAGCCGGAGCCCCUCCACAUAAAAGAGGACCCGGAGCCCCUCCACAUAAAAGAGGACCUAGAGGAUCUCUGGACCCGUCUAGAGGGAGAGCAGCUUACGGUGCUGGAGGAGGCCGAUAUCACCAAGUUCUCAUUCACUGUUGUUACUGUAAAGAGUGAAGAUGACAAACCUCAGACCUCACGGCUUCAUCAAAGCCAGACGGAGGACUACAGAGAGGCGGAGCCUCCAGCCGGCAGGUCAGCUACACCAAUAAAAACACAAACUGAUGGAGAGGACUGUGGGGGAUCAGGACCAGCCAUAAACCUAAAUCCACAUCGUCAUUCACAUCCAAAUGCUGAUGCUGAUUAUGAUGAAAUGGCUUCAGAACCUUCUAAGACUGAAGUCAGUUGUAGUGAUUGGAAAGAAUCUUUGUCAGAUUCUGGAACUAAACAUAAAGACAAUGUCUGGAAGGAGACCUGGGCAAUACAGGAACACAUCAGAAUCCACGGACAAAUGAGACCAUUUGGUUGUGAUGUUUGUGGGAAAAGAUUUCUAAACCGGGGACAUCUGAAUUCACACAUCAGAACCCACACAGGUGAGAAACCAUUCAGUUGUGAUGUUUGUGGGAAAAGAUUUCCAGAGCGGAUGUCUUUGAAAAGGCAUGCAAGACUCCACACAGGAGAGAAACCAUUCAGUUGUGAUGUUUGUGGGAGAGGAUUUGGCCUAAAGCAACAUAUGCAGUCGCACAUGAUACUCCACACAGGAGAGAAACCAUUCAGUUGUGAUGUUUGUGGGAAAAGCUUUGCAAGAAGUGGAACUCUGAAGAAACACAUAAGAGUCCACACAGGAUAGAAUAUGUUUCUCUCUCUCUCUCUCUCUCUCUCUCUCUCUCUCUCUCUCUCUCUCUCUCUCUCUCAGGUCACAUGAUAGAAAGCUCUGGAUGAAUAGGCCAGAAACAGGUACACAUGCGGCUGGGGGGUCAACCGGGCCUCGGGGCCAUGAGAAACAAUAUAUAAAUGCAUGUGACCGGGACAUCUUCCGGCCUUAAUGAUAAUGGGGGAGGGGCAUUUCUCCUGGUAAUUACGUGUUUUUUUUACGACUUUGUCCUCCUAAUGACUGCGAAAACAUGUGCAUAAUAUCUGCUGACUCGACGCAUUCCAGGGCAGCAGCACAAAGAAGUGUUUAUAUAUCUGCUUGUCUCUGCAGUAUCGAUUACCCAUCUUCUUAUAUUGAAGUACUCUAGGAUUAAGGUGUUUUUACGCUGCGGACCGCAUAACGGGAGCGGCUAACUAUGUCCCUCUGUAGUGUGUGCACUCUACAAUAUAAUCUUUGUGUGAUGUAUGUAACCGAUAUAAUCUGUACUACGAUGUUAUUGCUUUUAUACAUUUUUAUCAGAGUCUUGUAUUAAUGUGUACUACUGAGAGGUCACUGUAAGGCAUUAUUUACGGGUGUUGCAAACUAUUUAGCUGUUAACCCUUUUUUUAUUUUUAUCUUGUGUUAA